UUGGACUGAAGAAUGACACAGACGACACAGACAGUGAGAUAAUCAAAACGUCUGACUCAACAUGUCCGCUCUGCCUGCCUCUGGUGCGAGGCAAGAAGAGGAAGAAGGAGCAGCUGCGGCGGCAAUGGAGGAGGCACACACGCAGCUGAUGUACAAGAUAGAGCGUCCGGUUUAUGAUGAAGCCUUUAUCAGAUCGCAGCUGCUCCACCGCAAGGAGAGCUCCAUCACCUUCAGACAGAGGAUGGCACAGAAAUUCAGGUGUUCAGCCAAGGCGGCGGUUCUGAGCUUCCUGCCUAUUCUCACGUGGUUGCCGGCGUAUCCGGUCAAGCAGUACCUGUUUCAAGAUGUGGUCUCAGGUCUCAGCACAGGAGUCGUGCAGCUCCCUCAAGGUCUAGCCUACGCCAUGCUGGCUGCCGUGCCUCCAGUUUAUGGUCUGUACUCCUCAUUCUACCCCGUCCUGCUCUACACCUUCUUUGGCACAUCCAGACACAUAUCCGUAGGCACCUUCGCAGUAAUAAGUCUGAUGAUAGGGGGCGUCGCAGUGAGGGAAGCCCCGGACUCGAUGUUCUUGCUCCCCGCCAACGGCUCUAACGUGUCCACCAUCCUGGACGUGGAGGCACGUGACGCUAGGAGGGUCCAGGUGGCCGUGGUGCUCACAACCCUGGUGGGAAUCAUCCAGAUCGUAUUCGGUCUUCUCAGGUUUGGCUUCGUGGCGAUCUACCUCACAGAGCCCCUGGUGCGAGGCUUCACCACAGCAGCGGCCGUGCACGUCGUCGUCUCUCAGCUAAAAUACCUGCUGGGUGUUAAAACCCAGCGUUUCAGCGGCCCUCUCUCCGCUAUAUACAGCGUCAAGGCGGUAUUCAGUGACAUCACCAGCACCAACAUCACCACCCUCAUCCUGGGCCUGGUGUGUCUCGUCUUUCUGUACAUCAUCAAAGACCUCAACGAGCGCUUCAAGAAGAAACUGCCCAUCCCGAUUCCCGGAGAGAUCAUCGUGGUCAUCGUUUCGACGGGCGUUUCGUACGGCUUGUCGCUAUCGGACAGCUACAGCGUGGACGUGGUGGGGAAGAUACCAACUGGGCUUCUCCCUCCUUCUGUGCCAGAGUUCUCUUUAUUACCAAAUUUGAUCACGGACUCCUUCACUGUAGCCAUCGUAGGAUUCUCGAUGGGCAUGUCUCUGGCCAAGACGUUUGCCCUGAAGCACAACUACAGCGUGGACGGCAACCAGGAGCUGAUCGCCCUCGGCCUGUGCAACUUCAUCAGCUCUUUCUUCCAAACGUUCGCCAUCACCUGCUCCAUGUCGAGGAGCCUGGUGCAAGAGAGCACUGGAGGGAAAACACAGAUUGCAGGACUGCUGGCGUCUCUGGUGGUGCUGCUGGUGGUGGUGGCCAUCGGUUUUGUCUUCCAGCCGCUCCCUCAGACUGCGCUGGCAGCCAUCAUCAUGGUCAACCUGCUGGGGAUGUUUAAACAGUUCAGAGACAUACCUACUCUGUGGAGGACCAGCAAGAUUGAACUGGCCAUCUGGCUGGUGGCCUUCAUAGCGUCGGUGCUGUUGGGGCUGGAUUACGGCCUGCUGGUGGCCGUCACAUUCGCCAUACUGACAGUCAUCUACAGAACACAAAGCCCUAAAAGCUCCGUCCUGGGCUAUGUUCCCGGCACGGGUAUGUACUGCGACGUGGACGAGUACGAAGAGGUGGUUGAAUGUGAGAGGAUUAAGAUUUUCCACUCCAACUCUUCAAUCUACUUUGCUAACAGUGACCUCUAUGUGAAUGCCCUCAAGGAGAAGACGGGUGUAAACCCUGAACGCUUACAGGCUUCCCGCAAAGCCCGGAAAAAACAGAAGCAGAAGGAAAACGGCAGUCAGAAGUCUCCACCGAAAAUCCGUAUUGAUGGCAUGACGGAGGGUGUGACUCAUGACGUUUUGUCCUAUGCGGAGGAGGAGCAGAGGAACGGCCAGCUGGCAGACACAGAUGAGACCGACUCAAUGGAGGUGGUCUUCUUCGAACCUCUUGCCUCCGUUCACUCCAUCAUCCUGGACUGGACGUCCGCCACCUUCAUCGACUCUGUCGGAGCCAAAGCCAUCAAACAGGUCAUAAAGGAGUACGCUGCAGUGGAUGUUCGAGUGGUCAUAGCCGGCUGCAGCAGAACCCUUGUGACUGAGCUGGACACCUUACAGUUCUUCACGGGGAUCAUGACCCCAGAGAUGAUGUUCCCCACCGUCCACGACGCCAUGCUGUACUGCCAACACUCCCCACCCACCAAAUGCCACAACCAAUGAAACCAACUGACAGUGGCAGGGGGGA